AUGGUCGCUAAGGUCGCCGCCCUCAUUUGCUUGUUCGGCCUAGUUCACGCCGGAAACCUUUAUGGAGCUGCCUACGGUAGCUACGGAAAUGCCUAUGGAAGUGCUUACGGCAGCGCCUUCAGUAGCGGUUAUGACAUCGCUCCUGUCGCUUACACAGCCCCUGCGGCAUACUCCGUCCCUGUCGUAAAAACAAUCGCUCCAAUCGCUUACACUGCCCCCGCUGUAUCCUCUGUAUCCCAAUACAGCGUUCACUCAGCUCCUUUAGUCAAAUCUUACGCCCCCAUAGUCAAAUCUUACGCCCCUAUAGUCAAAUCUUAUGCCCCAAUAGUCAAAUCUUACGCCCCCGUCUCAUUAGCCUACUCUAACCCAGUUUUGAGUCACUCCUACGCUCCAGCUGUUUCUUACGGUUACAGCGGCUACGAUUUAGCUGGUGUGCAGUUGAAGAGCCCUGAAGUACACGGUCGUCUAGUACAAGGUCGUGUAUGUAUAGCUGUGAUUGCCUGCCUGUUUGGUUUGGCUAAGGCUGGUGCAUUACUCAACUCCGGUCUAAAUAACGGUGGAUGGAAUGUUGGAGGAUACGCAACAGGAUACAGUGAUGUGGGAUACAGCAGUGAUGCAGGAUACAAUAACUAUGCAAGCCACAGCGGAUACGGAGCUAGCUAUGGAGGCGUAGGUCAACAUGGAGCCGUCUCUCACGUCUCCAUAACCAAAGAAAUUUCACCCUCCGUGCCGUAUUCCACUGGUUAUGGUGCCCAUGGAUAUUCUAAUGGACAAGGAUAUGCUGGCGCCCACGGAUAUUCCGGUGGUUACGGUUAUGCUAGCGGUUUAGGUUACGAAGGUGGACAAGGUUGGCAACAACAAGGUUGGAAUCAAGGCGGUGACUACAACGCUCAAAGCCUUGGUUACGGAGGUUACAACAGUGGACAUGGCUACAAUCACGCCACAUCUACCGUGUCUCAGUACAGUAUCCAUAAAAAUCCAGUGACGAAGCAUUAUGGAUCUUAUGCUCCUAGUGCAUAUGGUGGUUACGGUCAAUCCGCCUACAACAGUCACGGGUACGGCGGUUACGGCAGCCAGGCGUGGUAA